ACAGCAAUUUAUAAUUUUAUAUUAUUAUACAAGCAGUUUUUAUGAACUCACAAAAAAAAUAUUCUGUCAAAUAGAAUGAAAUAAUAGUAAUUUUAGCUUCAAAAACACAGUGAAAAACAAUGUAAAAAUGCACUUUUCUUUGUAUAUUAAAAUAAAAACUAACCAGAAAUCUUAGAAAAGUGCGUAGGUUCGUGUCUUUAUUUUGUCAGCUACCUAAAUAAACUCAUAUUAAAUAAGCUCAAAGUUCUACACGUUGAAUAUGCGUUUUUGCCUUUGCAGCUGUUUGAGAUGUGCGCUGAUACACUGAUCAGGCUCCUAAAUGCUUCAGAAUUUAAAAACACACAAAAAAACAUGAGCCAUCAUAAUCAAUAUUGUUCAUGAGUCAAUUAUAGUGACUCAUCCUCGGGUAUUUGCAUCAUAGAUUGUUUGCACGAAAACAAAUGUUGAUCUUAUGUAGUGGUAUCCUAGUAACACCUGAAUUCCAUCUUCCUGCAAACACAUGUAGUGGCAUGUACACUAGAAUAUGCCGUGCCACACCGGAAAACACUCACUCGCAGCAGCCAAUGGCAUCCGCCGGAUGUGAGUUGCCAAUCAUUAUGGCCGGCCCCCUCACCUCAUUCCUGUUGCUAUGCUGUCUUUGAAACUAUGGUUACAGUAAAGGUUCCUGUAGGCAGCGUCUCUCUCUCUCGCUCGGUAUGGACUUACCGCAUGCGUCUGGAUGCAGUCGGAACGUUUGCUCUGCUAAACGCAGUGUUAAUAUAAAAUGUGAUCUAUAUAUUCUGGAUAUAACUUUUUUAUUUUAUAUUUACACAUUUUAUACUGUGUAUAGGCAUUUAUUCAAAUCUUUUAGCGGCCUUCAGUUCCACAUUGCAAAAAUAGUCAAACAAAUGCUUUUAGCUCACUAAACCUCACUAUGGAAUAAAAUUUGUCUUGUUUUAUCCUGCUUUAUCUUUCAUUUAGGAGUGACAUACCUCAAAUGUGUCCCAACAGACAUGUGAUCAUGUGAUGUGAUUUUUGGACUUUGAAAAGGAAAGCCUUCUAUGCUCUCUCUCUCUCUCUCUCUCAGUUUCUAUACUUCCUGCUGUUUUAAUGAGCAUGUGUAGGAGUGAACCCGACACACUUCAGUCACGACUAUGAAGAUCACACACACACAUACACACACAUAGUCCGCAACCCGCUAUCUCUACUCUCUCUCUCUGUGUAUAAAUAUAAACAUAUAGAAUGCAUAAUGUGUAAUGCAUACAUUUACACUGAAACAGUUUGAUUUCUUAUAUGUUUGUAAUGGAUUUUCUGUGUUUUUCUGUGUUUCAGGACAUUUAGGUGUAUUAUGAAAGGAAGAUGAACCUGAUGAACUGUUCUCUGCUGUGAGUAAACUGCCUGAGAAGCGCUGUAGAGUUCAUAGAGAUGGAUAAGUCCUGAUCUGCACCACUGAAGCUUUUCAUAAUUGAAGGUUUGAUCAGCUUUAUGAAUAUUGAAAGAGUAUAAUGAAUAUUAUAAGAAUAUUGAAAUUCAGUAUGACGUAAUUGGACCCUGUUAACAUAAUUUUUUUAAUUAGUGCACGUUAUUUCAACGAAUCUUUUAUGUGCUUUCAUUUUAACACUAAAUUUAGCAUUUUCUUCAAUUUCCUUAAAUAAAUCAGUUUAUGGCCAAAUGAGAAAUAAAAUGGGUUGCAAAAAGCAUUUCAUGUUGACUUCAAAACACAAGUUUUUGCAAUGUCAUGGAUUUGUGGAUUUUUCAUCUGCUGGUCAAUAAAACAGUUGAAAAAAUCCCACAGAUUUACAUUGAAGAAUGAACCCAACCAAUAAGAAACCCCCUAGCAACCACUCACAGCAUCCUAGCAACAGUGGAAAUGCUGUAAAACCACUCACAAACACCUUAGCAACCAUAUAGCAACGUUCUGGCAACCAUUCCUAGUACCCUAACAACUACACAGCAUCACAAAAAAACACUAAGAACUCCUUAGCAACUACAUGGCAACAUUCUGGCAACCAUCCUAAAACCCUGGCAACUGCAUAGCGUUACAAUAAAAACCAAAACAUAGACAGAAUUGCAUUUAAGAAUGAAUCCAACCAUUAAGAAACUCCCUAGCAACCACCCACAACAUCCUGGCAACAGUGGAAACACUCUAAAACAUUCACAAUCACCUUAGCAACAGUGCAGCAACAUUCUGGCAACCACCCCUGGUACCCUAGCAACUACACAGCAUCACAAUAAAAAAACACUCAGAACACCUUAGCAAUUACAUGGCAACCAUCCUAAUACCCUAGCAACUGCAGAGUGUCACAGUAAAACCACUCAGAACACCUUAGCAACAGUGAAAACACUGAGAUCACCGUAGCAACAUUAAAAACACUCAGAUCGCCUUAGCAACAAUGAAAACACUCAGAACACCUUAGCAACAAUGAAAACACUCAGAUCAUCGUAGCAACAAUAAAAACAGAUCACCGUAGCAACAAUGAAACACUUAGAUCGCCUUAGCAACAAUGAAAACACUCAGAUCGCCUUAGCAACAAUGAAAACACUCAGAACACCCUAGCAACAGUGAAAACACUCAGAUUGCCUUAGCAACAAUGAAAACACUCAGAACACCCUAGCAACAGUGAAAACACUCAGAUCGCCUUAGCAACAAUGAAAACACUCAGAUCGCCUUAGCAACAAUGAAAACACUCAGAACGCCCUAGCAACAGUGAAAACACUCAGAACACCCUAGCAACAAUGAAAACACUCAGAACGCCUUAGCAACAAUGAAAACACUCAGAUCAUCGUAGCAACAAUAAAAACAGAUCACCGUAGCAACGAUGAAACACUUAGAUCGCCUUAGCAACAAUGAAAACACUCAGAUCGCCUUAGCAACAAUGAAAACACUCAGAUCGCCUUAGUAACAAUGAAAACACUCAGAACACCCUAGCAACAGUGAAAACACUCAGAACACCCUAGCAACAAUGAAAACACUCAGAACACCCUAGCAACAAUGAAAACACUCAGAACGCCUUAGCAACAAUGAAAACACUUGGAUCACUUUAGCAACAAAGAAAAAACUCUGAUCGCCUUAGCAACAACGAAAACACUUGAAACACCUUAGCAACAACAAAAACACUCGGAUCACCUUAGCAACAACAAAAGAACUCAGAUCACCUUAGCAACAACAAAAAAACACUCAGAUCACCUUAGCAACAACAAAAACACUUGGAUCACCUUAGCAACAACAAAAACACUUGGAUCAUCUUAGCAACAACGAAGACACUCAGAUCACCUUAGCAACAGCGAAAAAACACUCAGAUCACCUUAGCAACAACGGAAACACUCAGAACACCUUAGCAGCAAUGAAAAAACACUCAGAACACCAUAGCAAACAAAUGGCAACAUUCUGGCAACCAAUACCCUAUCAGCUGCAUAGCAUUACAAAUUAAAAAGAGUUAUGACACCUUGGCAACUGCAUAGCAACCACUCGCAUCAACCUUACAUUCUGGUGGUGACUUUUGCACCAAGAAUCACCUCUGACAUUUUUUUCAAGAAAUGUAUAAAUUUAAGUCAUUUUAUAUGCUUUGGCUGCCUGUUGUUAAUUUCCAGAUCAGCAUACUGCAAGCAAGCGGCUCUGUUAGGGUCGGAUGCAUCAUAUAAUUCAGUCGAUUCAGUUUAGUGUAUGUUCUUUGAUCAGCCUUCAUUCAUAUGAAUGUGCAAAAUUUGCACUCAGGACACAAGGAGGGGCCAGUUUAUCAGAGAGUGCAAUUGACCAUGACUGUUCUCUUCCAAAACAGGCCAUGCACCGCACCAAGAGGUAUUUUAGAAGCGGGUUGCAUGCAUUCAGGAGUUUAGAAGCGACGCAGCGAGCAGUACGCAGUGCUGACGGACAAGAAUGGUUUCUCCCAUCACCUGCGCUUCAAGUGGUUUGCCCCACUAUUCAGCCAGCCUACCCUGAAUGAGUCAUCCUGCUCUUCCCUGAUUGGCCGGUCGGGAUCCAUCCGAGGGAUUGCCGUGCAGAAAGCUGCCGAGGCCUGACUUCAUUCACAGAAACGUCGGUAUGCCCGUCUGCCUUUCCAUUCACAGGCAGCCCAAAUCAUUUUCGCCCGCACGGCUCCCCAGCAUCCUCUCCUCCUCUCCUCAGCAUCUCUUCCGCAUCUAUGUGACACCACGGAGCGAGGAGCACUUAUAACGCUUUCUUUGCUUUUGUCUCAGUGGAGAAGACAAACCCUUGCUCUCUCACUCUCUCUCUCUCUGUCUUUUCUUCUUUUUUUUUCAAUUUGCAGGCAGGCAGGAAAGCGAGACGCUGGGAGGGACUGCAGUGCGUUAGCCGCAGCGGUACAGGAAGCUUGUGAAUGACUGCUGCUUCCCUGUCACAAGCUCUUCUGGACAUUUUACAUGAAUGGCUCUUUUUUUGCUGCCUUAAUGUCGUGGGCUUCAUCCCGUUGGCUGCUUUUUAAUGGGGCUGGGAGAUCUGACAUCACUAUUUACGGUCGUAUCCCCGCCGAAUCCGGAUGGCGUUUUAGUGAGAUCGAAUCUCGACGUUGUGUAUUUGAAAGGGAUGUUUAAUUAUUCAACAAAGCUCAUUGAGGAGCAAAGCUCAGCUUGUUUUGCCUUCUGUAGGGGGAGAUAUUCGAGGGCUCUUGUGGAUGGAUUUAUCCCGACGUUUCGUAGUACGUAAGGAAGAACGAACGUGACAAACAAAGAGAUAAAGCCGUAUCUGUCUCGUGGUUUAAAUUCGAGCACAUUUUAAACUUGCCGUUAACAAUGGCGACGCAUAAGCGAGGUAGAACCAGCCAGACUGAUGCGGUUACGGGCGAAAGGUGAACGCUUUUUAAAUAUUUCAUGUCGUUUUGGUAUUAUUAUUAGUUCUUAAUCAACAGCAGGUCACCUUUUCAGAAGAGAGCCUUGCAUGUAUGGAAAAUUAGCGAUCGCCAUGCACGGCGACUCAAGUUUCAUUCUAUGUGGCGUACAUGUGAUCCAACAACAUGCACGGCACUCCAGUGUGAUUUAUGCAUUGAAUUAUGUCAGUGGAUUAUGUCUCUCAUUCUAGUUCAUUCUAGGAUCUCACUACAGUGAUCUGUUUAUUGCAUCUUUUCCGUACCGUUUAUCCGUUUCACAACGGACCGAAUCAAAGCAAGAGGCGUUCCUACGGACAGGGCGAAUUUUGAGAAUUGAUUGGUUCUACCGAGCUGUAAGUGGGAGUUUUUUUGUAACGGAAAGUGCUCUGCAGUGUUGAGUGAGUCUUUUGUUGAGAAGGGUCUCUCUCUCUUUUCUCUCUCUCUCUCUCUCUCUCUCUCUCUCCGAGUGAGUCAUGCAUGUUCAGGGAUCUGCCAGGAUGCGGGGGGAGAGAGAGACAUCUCUUCACUAGAGCUCUGUCUCUCUCUCUCUGCCAUCUCUGGCCCUCUAUCUCUGUAGAGGAGCGACCUCGCGCUGCUUUUCUCUCUCGUCGUCCUCUGUCUCCAUGGAUUCCGCGUUUUGUGGUUUAUUUUUGGUCCCCGAGCUGCUGCUGCUGCUGCUGCACGGCGUCGGAUUUUCCUGACGGCCGCUCGCUCCCUUUCUCCGAACCCUCGAGGACGCUUUCUCGGCUCCAGCAUGCUAAAGAAGUGGACGGUCAGCUGGGAGUUGGAUGUGUCCGUUCGCGUGUAGGCUGGCACACCGAGGGGAAUGCUUCACCGUGCUAAAUACAACCGAUUCCGGAAUGAGUCAGUGACGUCCGUCGAUGAGCUUCUGCACGGUCUCUCCAUGAACGCCAAGGUCUCGGCCGUCCCGCCGUCGCCGCCCGUGGGCGACCCUCCGUACGCCCCGCCAGCCGAGGUCUUGCCGUCCGACCCCGCGGAAGAGUCCGGCACCUUGUGCACCCUCAUCAACAAAGUCUCCAACCUCAAAUUCGCCAACUCCUCCGGACUGCUGGGCAUCAAGGGCCUGCCGUCCGCCGUCAAGGACCUGGCCGUGUCCAAGCUCCAGGGAGGAGCGACAGGGGGCGGAUCCGGGAGCCCGGGCUCGUCCGCCCUCCCGGCGGCCUCCGGAGCGCCUCACGCCCCGUCGGAGCCCGGCUCCGCCGGCUCGGGGAAGAAGGGCAGGAUGGAAGAGUCUCAGCCUGGCGGAGAGGGCUGGGGCCUGGGCGGGACGGGUGCCGCGGGUUGCGGCGGGCUGGUGAACAAACCUUCUCGUGGAUGGCUGCACUCCAGCGAAAAGAUUUCCGGACCUGGAGUGACGUACGUCGUUAAGUAUUUGGGCUGCAUUGAAGUUCUGCGGUCCAUGAGAUCCCUGGACUUCACCACACGAUCACAAAUCACACGGGAGGCCAUCAGUCUGGUGUGUGAAGCCGUCCCUGGUGCCAAAGGAGCUCUGCGCAAGAGAAAGCCUCCCUCGAAACUCCUCUCCAGUAUUCUGGGCAAGAGUAACCUGCAGUUUGCUGGUAUGAGUAUCAAUCUCAACAUCUCCACCAGCAGUUUAAACCUGAUGACACCAGACUCCAAACAGAUAAUAGCCAAUCAUCACAUGCAGUCCAUAUCCUUUGCCUCCGGUGGAGAUCCGGACACGACUGAUUACGUCGCUUAUGUGGCGAAAGAUCCUGUUAACCGGAGAGCAUGUCAUAUUCUGGAGUGCUCUGACGGUUUGGCUCAGGAUGUGAUCAGUACGAUCGGUCAGGCGUUCGACCUGCGCUUUCAGCUCUAUCUGCAGUGUCCGUCCAGCAAACCCUCGUCCAUGCAUGACAGGGUUAUGAGUACGGACGAGCCCCCGUGGACGGAGGAAGGAGAGGAGUCCGCCGAUCAUCACUACUACAACAGCAUUCCCGGAAAGAUGCCGCCACCAGGAGGCUUCAUUGAUGCUAGAUUGACCAAUCAGACGCAAGACAGCAGCCAGGCCGCUGGAGUCGACCAGACAUACUACCAGGGCCGACCCAUGUUCAUCCAACAAGGGUCCUGUGACAUAUACAGUCUCCCUGAGGUCAAAGGUCAAGCCCCUAAAGCAGGAGAAGUGCCCACGUAUGUGAACACGCAGCACAUCGACACGCAGGUGUUGGCCGCCCUCCAGGGAGAGUCAGAGACGCUGUCGGAUUCGGGCACGAGCGGGACAGCUAAAGACAGCCCGAGGAAGGACCUCUUUGACAUGAAGCCGUUUGAGGACGCCAUCAUGACCCAGACUUCGGCUCCUUCAGCCUCAGAGCUGCAUAAAGCGGCGUCCGUGGAUAACUCCAGUCCUCUGCUGAUGCGCGCGGCCGCCCUGAGAGCUCAGGAGGAGCUGGAGGACCAGACGUGGUACCACGGAGAGAUGAGCCGCCGUCAGGCCGAGAAGCUGCUGCUCCACGACGGAGACUUCCUGGUGCGGAAGAGCACCACAAACCCGGGCUCAUACGUCCUGACGGGGAUGCACAACGGCCUGGCCAAACACCUGCUGCUGGUCGAUCCGGAGGGAACGGUCCGGACGAAAGAUCACAUAUUCGAGAGCAUAAGCCACCUGAUUGGCCAUCACCGCGACAACAACCUGCCGAUCGUGUCGGCGGGAAGCGAACUGUGUUUGAAGCAGCCGGUGGAAAGAAAACAGUGACGACACCCGAAAUGACGCGGGAGGCUCACGGCGCCGCUCUUUUACGAAAACAAACACGCUCAGAUGACUGAAUCUCCGUCGGAGAACACGUGACGGUUGUCCAACUGCGGGACGGCGUUUUUAGAUGGACGAUUUUAGCCUGGACGACGUGAAAGCGCUCUCACCGAAAGCCGAUUUCUAGAACUGACAGUUAUUUUAUUGCGCUGGUUGAGAAUCUCUAUUUUUGAAGACGACGGCGGAGGAUUCGGGACAGUUUGGACGAACUCGGUCUCCGUGAGGGAUGCGACGAAAACUAGAUAAAGAGUAUUUUAGAAUAAAAAAAGUUUUAGUUUUGUCUAUCAAGCACAACCGGAUUUUCAUGUUCGUUGGUAAGAGAUAGAAGGAAAACUAAUAUUUGAGAAAACGUAAAUGAAAAACGAAAAAAAAAGCAAAGCUGUUUAUAUCGACCUAUUUUAGGAGUUCGUCCUUUACUGCAGCUAGUGUGCGAGAUCAUUUGGUAGCUUCUAUCGAAUCACUGCUUUUCAGAGGGAAGAUGACGUGAAUGUGUUUGCUUUAACAGAAAUCACACUCCGACAUGCUGCACGAACACACACACGCGAACACACACACACACGGCUUUAAAGUACCUUCAUUUUUCUAUGACGUUGAAACCUGUGGCACUCGCAUGACUUAAAACCUUAAUUGUACUUGUGGUCAUUGUUGGUAGCAUCCAGAGCCCCAGCGGAGGUGCUUUUGUGUGCUCACAAUGUAAGAUAUUUAUGCUUUUCCCAGUAUCCAUUGAGUUUAGCUCCUUCUUUAAACGUGUCAGAGGUGUGUAGUCGCUCGGCUCGGGCCUUUACUUUAUACCUUGGAUGUUUCUAUCGGUUCUGACUUUCAUGGUUUGACUGUGGGCUUCACAAACACACACACUCACACUGGUAUUAUUAUAAUUCUUCUGAUGAUGAUUAUUUUAAAUUAAACGGUUCUAAAUGAAUAGCACAAUCAACGCUUGUCUGUGUGAGAGACGCUCUGGUGUGGUUUUGCACAGUCUGAUUACUGGACAAACUGGAAUAUUACUGGAUUCUUCACCGUUUUAGAACAACGAGUCAUAUUUAUUAUAGCGUAAACAUGCUUUUGUUGCGUUUUGUCUUUCAAUUUAAAUCCACAUUUCAGAGAAAUGAAAUUUGCAUCUGAUGCAGUUCAUGUUUAGAAAAUAGCACCAAGAUAGAAACAUAAAGUUAGCGUGGAUGAGGGUGAAUGUCAAGAAAUUGACCCAAAAGAGGCUUGAAAUGUUUUAUGCUAAAUAUAAUUUUUCUUUUCUUUUUUUACAUUUUUAUCUGAUGCCAUUAUUGUGCAUGAGGGUGAAUCUCAGAAAAAUGUCAAGAAAUUGACCCCAAAAUCAACAGAAAAUUACAUUUUUGUCAAACUCUGUGAAGCGUAAUUGGCUUAAAAAAUCUCUAUGGUAAAUAUAUUUUUUCUUUUUCUUUUUUUUCAAAUUUUUAUCUGAUAUAAUUUCUGUUUGGAAAAUAGCACCAAUAUAUGAACAUGCAGUUAUUGUGCAUGAGGGUGAAUCUCAAAAAAUGGCCAAGAAAUUGACCCAAAAUUAUAUUUUUGUCAAACUCUGUGAAGCUUAAUUGGCAUAAA